AUGUUAACUUUACACCGUCAUGUUUUCACAAACAUUCAUCGCAACAUUAAACCAUCGAUUAUACCAAGCAGAUCUUUUUGGGAGUACGUUAAUAUGAUGUUUAAUAAACCUGAUCCAGAACGUAUAAAAAAUGUGGGACCAGACAGAGCCUGUGCAGAAUGGGUAUUGAAAAACGGAGGCAAGGUUGUAUGGUCCGAUGGAAAACAACUUGAUGACUAUAAUUUAUUACCAUCAGACGCCCAGUCUAUGCCAAAAAUCGUAGAAAUAGAUGGUACAACAUCAUCUAUUUCUCAUUAUGGAUUUCCACAUUUAAGUGGCUGCACAAGAUUGGAGAAAAUAGUACUCCAUGACAAUAAGUAUAUUGAUGACAGAGCAAUGAAAGGUUUAGCUUAUGGACAUGCUACACUUUUGUAUGUACAAGUAUCAAAGUGUAUAAAUGUAUCAGACAAUGGCAUAAAAGAAAUUAAAUCAUUGAAAAAUCUAAAAACUUUAAUACUAUUCAGUCUGCCUAGUGUUAAUAAUCUUGAUGAGUGCAAGCAAUACCUUCAAACACAUUUGCCAAACUGUAAAAUAAAAGGUCAGGAAGAGAAAUUGAACGGU